AUGCAACAAAGAGGACAAGUUGAAACAGACAAUAUUAUUCCUUUAAAACAACACCAUCAACAUGAUGAUGAAAAGAAAAAGAAUCAAACAAAUCAAAAAUUUGAUAUUGAAAAUAGUUUAGUAGUUUCAUCUGACUAUGGUGUUGAUUUGAACCUUAAAUCAAAGAACCCAAUUGACCAGAUGGUUAUAACUUCUACAAAUUUCGAAGUUACCUAUGUUGAAGGAGGAUUUAAUGUUAAAAUCAAACCAAUUGGAGUUUAUAAUAGAUUUGUUCAAAAUGUAAAUUCUACAUCGAAUCAAACUAUAUCGGUCACCUAUAAAACAGGAUUUGCACCUGGAUAUAGAAUUGAACCUGGUCCUAUUGCAAGAUGUGAAUCUCUACAUUUCAUCAAACAUAAAUUCCCAGGUUAUGCAACCAACAUUCCUGAUGAAACAUCUGUCUCUAAAGGCGUGACAGUAGGUGUUGGCCAAUAUACCAUUAAUCAAACAUUAUUGGUCUAUGGAUUGGUAAAGACACCAGUAUCUGGUGGUGGUGCUCCUACCUACUCGAUCGUUUCACUGUACCGUGAUGAUCUUCAUCCCACCUAUCAAUCAUCUAUUAUUGAUGAUCCAUGUACCGAUGAUGAAGUAAAAACUUAUCUAUUGGGAAGAGGUCUUUCAAGAUGGUUAUAA